GCAGAUCGCACGAUCGGCUGAGACUAUUCAGGUCAUGAUUUUGAGUCUAGACUGCUGAAAACUGUUGUGAUGGGAAUGAUGACGCUUGGUUUGGGCAACUCUCCCAUCACAGCCGCCUCGUGCAGUCCCGAACUCCCAAAAGCGGCUCCGUCAACUUGGAUGUCGAGAGUGCGUUGCUCAUUGCUCUUUCCCCCACCAUUUCAUGACCCCACGCCGAUCAGAUCACGUGGCUUCACCGAGCGCGAAGGCUGGCGCUGGAGCUGAACGCGAGACAACCUACUCCUACUCCCCGGAGGAACAGGGCUAUCUAUCCCUCGAUAGUACAGCAUGGCGCAACAACCAACUUACAUUCUCGCCCCCAACUUCCAUUUCAAACCCGGCACAGGCCCGAUCGCCUUGGGCAACAUCAUAGCCGAUCCGCUAAGACCGCACCGAGCGCUCACGACCGUCGAUGCGACAAUAUUACAAACAAGAUAUCCGCGGGUUGAAACAUUUACCGACUAUGAGCGAAGCAUCACUCGCGGAAACAGUCGCGAUGUCUCGAUGAGCGUGUGGGCGGAAUUUCUGAACAGUGUGUCCGCGAAAGUCUCGGGCAGUCGGGGCAGUGACGUGCAGUCAACAUAUACGAUGCACUCCCUACAGUCCAUGUUUUUCGUGAAUGAUCCUACACUCGAAGAGAUCCAAUCGCGUUUGAGAGCUCCCAUGGUUCAGGCAGUCACUAAGGCGGGUAGGAUCCCUGGGUUCAGGACACCCGUUUACAUGGUUACGGGUCUUAUGGUUGCCAAGGGGUUCUCUGCCGACCUGGAAAAUACGCAACGACGCGGCGGAGAGGUUGAGCUUAGUGGAAAUGCCCCUUCGCCGGUCGGUCAGGUUGGUGCUGGAGCUGGUUUGGCGCGAUCUACGAGCACCGAGAAGGCGGAUCAGUGGAAAGCCGGGGAGGACAUCGUCUUUGCUUACCAGCUUCUCAAAAUUGAGAUCAAGGGCUGGAAAGGAGAUCGAAUCAUCUAUGAUGAAUUGAGGCAUAAGAGUGCUCUAUUAAGCAAUGAUGAGGAAGAUGAUACAGAUGACGAGGUGGAAGACGAACAGGAAGUGCAAGGGUUGGAAGAGGUGGUGGUUAGUCCAAUCUCCACCGAUAAGCUACCAGGCGGUCGCGAUGCAGGAGGCUUCGCUGUCUCAGAGGUUGGGGAAACCCAUGAUCAUGUUCGCUGCAUAGUUUCAACAUGAAUAUAUACUAUGAAUCUGAUUCUAUGUUCAAAGGUCCGAGAGUGCUGUCCCCAACUUGGCCCAACGGGAGUCCUCCGACUGCCCGAUCAGAUCCCAUACCUUCAGGUACAGAUACCCCGUCUUGACCCUCAAAGUGUCGGAAGCCAAAGCCUUGAAAAUCGCGUGCAUUCCCUUUCGUGUCCAAGCUCUGCGCUGAACAGCAUAAAAUGGCUUAUCCGGUGGAUGGGCACCGAUGUAUUCCAGCAGAAAUCCUGCGAUCCCGGCUGCUAUAGCCGUAGAGAUUGACGAACCGGACUUGUAGACCUCAUCAACGCGAUCCGGCCAUGCUGAUGGCACAUCCACGCCCAACGUGCCAAACACAUUUGCUUCGUCCUCGCUUUUGGGGGGGUUGGAGUCUUCGAAAUCGCCGUUGGCAUUUGUUGCGCGGAUCGAAAUGACCGCGUCGUGGCGGGCGGGGAACAUCUCUCUACCAUUUCCGCCGAAGUUGGAGGCUGCUGCGAAGAAAAGUGUUGAAUGAUUACGUCGGUAGAGGGCCUCGUGGAUAGCCUGGCUGAUGCAUGGCUGCUCGUCUGCGAAACCGAAGGACAUGGAGAUUAUGUCGGCUUCCCAUUCCGUGCUUGCCCAUAAGAUUGCCUUCCAUGCAAAGUCAGUCAAAUGAUGUUAGGCCUUGUUGAAUGAGAGAAAGUCAAUGCCACUUACA